UUGAUAGAUUUCUUUAUGCUCAUAUCUACUUAUUGAAGUUUUUGUUUUUUUGUUAACAUGGAUUUGUUUAUUUAUUUCAUAAUUAGAUAAUGAUUAAUACUAUCAUCAUUAUUAGUAUUGCUUAAGCAAAGUAUUAUUACUUACCAUUGUAAACAUUUAAUGAAGAUAAAAACUGGCAAUGUUUUACUUUCUUAUGUUUAUUUUUUCUUUUUUUUUGCCUUUUGCAAAAAAAAAUAGAGAGACAGAAAAAUGGAACCAUUUGUGCAAGUGUUUUUUGCCAUUGACAAAGAUGGAACGGAUACAAUCACAGUAGAGGAAUUGAAAAAAUAUGUUGCUCAAAAUAAUCUUGAUGAAAUGAUGGUUUCAAAAUGGAAAUCAUUAUUUGAUCCGAAAAAUACAGGGAAGAUAACAUUUAAGACUUUUUGUGAUGUACUGGGUUUGAGUCCUGCACAAGCGGUAGCCAUGAAAACACAACAACAACAAUCCGCUUCAUUGAAACUUCAUCGAGAUGUUAUUGUAAUCUUUGAACAACUUCCAUUAGAUAGACAAGUUGCCAUUAGUAAUAAAGCAAUUGAAUUAUCAGAAUCAUCAAAGAAAUUAGAUGAGAAAGAUCGUGCUGCUGAAAUGAAAAAAUGGUUAGAUGCUACUUAUGGUAAAGCAUGGCAUGUUGUCAUAGUGAAAGGAUCAUUUUGGAGUAGUUAUUCACAUAGUGCUAAUAAGUGUUUCAUGUUUCGUAUACAUGAUUAUUCUUAUCUGGUAUGGAGAACACCAGAUGAAGAAUUAACCAAUGAAUAA